AUGUUGCUACGACUUCUGGCACUGGCCGGUCUCUGCCUGGGCCGUGGUGUCGCUGCCCUCGCCCCUCAGGGCCACGGCCUCCCCUCCAAUAUACAAACGUCAAACACACAACAUUCUCGCCAUUUCUACAAAAUCGACAUUCCCUGCUCUCACUGUGCAUUUUCAGACGCCGAAUGCUCUCAGAACCCCGAGUCAAAAUCACAUGUGACUAUUGACAUCUCUUCCGACAAUGGCACACUCUACGCCAACCAUGAAUCCGUCUUCCCACCUUCAUUACCCAUGCAAUUCUCCGCAGUCAAGCACUCGGACUCCGGCGACCAAUCCGUCCAAGUCGCAUACAGCCUCGACGCACGACCGUUCCCCGCCCAGCCGGGCGCCCUCCUAGGCGAGACAUUCCUCCUCAAACUGCGCCUGUUCGAUCUCCACGGCCGGCCCGUCACACCGGACCUAAUCGCGGUGGCCGUAUCCCGACGCAACGACGGCACCCUCAGCAUCAGCAAGGUCGAGCGGUCCCCGUUCCACAGGCACGGCCACGGCCACAUGACCUCGUCCUGGCGCCUCCUGAAAUCGCAUAUCAAGCCUUACCUCGAUCAGUUGGCUGGGGUCGCCCCUGAAGAACCGCGGCAUCAUCGCCGGCCGUUGCAUGCCGAUAUCUACCGAUUCAGGGACCCUGCGUCCCAUUACCACAAUACCAUGCCGUGGAGCAGCCGCGAUCGCAGCUUCAUGAGGCUCGUGCGGCCGGUGAUCCUGCCUGCGCUGCUGGGUGUUGCGGCGGGAUUGUGUGCGUGCCUGGUCGGGUUCGUGGUCGGGAAGAUGAUGAUCUCGCUGUGUCGGUGUUGGUAUGUCCGCAGUGGCAGGGGAUAUCGCGAGGUUCCGGCUAUUACCAUUGACUCGGUGGAGCUGGAGGACGGUCUCGUCUCGGAAAAGGAGAAUUUGAGUCGAUCGUCGCGGUGGCUGGAUGUAUGA